UUAGAAUUGUGUUGUUAGCUUUGUUGCCUUGGGAGAAUUGCUAUCAUUGCAGUGCAAACUCAUCUUACUCGGUGCCGAAGACCAGCCUUGGCCAAUUGAGUGCCAGGGGUUCCUGAAGGAUGGGACAGCUUUGGCGCAAUUGAGGAAUGAGGCAGACACACACAAUGCCUUGGGGGAUGGUGUCAUUUGAGGAUGUGGCUGUGAACUUCAGCCGGGAGGAGUGGCGGGAGCUGAAUGGUGCUCAGAGGACGCUGUACCAGGAUGUGAUGCUGGAGACCUACAGCCACCUGGUGUCACUAGGUGCGGAAGCUCCGAUGCAACACCGGAGUGCUGCUGGCCCUGAAAUGAGAAGAAAUGUCCCCUCGGAGGGGAUGGUGUCAUUUGAGGAUGUGGCUGUGAACUUCACCUGGGAGGAGUGGCGGGACCUGAGUGAAGCUCAGAGGACCUUGUACCGGGAUGUGAUGCUGGAGACCUGCAGCCACCUGGUGUCACUAGGGCCUCCCUGGUGGUGCAGGCGGUUGAGCGCCACACUGUGAAGCUGUCCGCAGCCUCUGCAGCGUGGGUUUGAUC